GCUUGGCCACGCCCCCUCUGCCACAGAUGUGUAGGUGUAGUGUUGAAAUCCUCUUAAAUGAUUAACAAUGACCACGCCUACUUUCUUGAUGUAUAAGUAGUACGUUUGUGAGUGUGUGUGUGAGACUUGACUGUGUUCCAGAAUGUCUGAGAUGGAGGUCCAGGAGCUGGGAGACAAACUCCUGUCCAUCAGAGGAUUCGUCUUUCCUGAAUCCAAUAAAAACAGUCUCACGCCAGAGUACAUGGAGCAGCUGAAGACGUUCCAGAUCAGAGAUGAUGAUGUGUAUGUUGUUACCUUCCCUAAAUCAGGUACGAUUUGGACUCAGCGCAUCAUAACGCUGCUGUAUGAGAACGAGCUUAAUGAGUCUGGAGAUCAGACUUCUUAUGACCUCAUGCCGUGGCUGGAGUUUCCCAACGAGGGUGAGGACCACAGCAUCCGCCGCUCCCCGCGCCUCUUCUGCUCUCACCUCUUCGAGAAUCUCGUACCCGAAGGGCUCAAGGAGAGAGGAAAGAUCAUCUACGUGUCGCGGAACCCCAAAGACAUCAUGGUGUCCUACUUCCACUUCACUCGCUUCAUGAAGAUUUUGGCGAAUGCUGAGACGUACAACGAGAUGAUGGAGAAAUUCUUCAGUGGGCGGAUGGUCGGAGGCUGCUGGUUUGAUCAUAUUAAAGGAUGGUACACCAACAAGGACAAGUACAACAUCCUGUUUCUGAGCUACGAGGAGAUGAUCAGGGACCUGAGAGGUGCUGUGGUGAAGAUUUGUGAGUUUUUGGGGAAGAACGUGUCUGAUGACUUCAUCAACAGCGUGGUGGAGAAAUCGAGCUUCAACUACAUGAAGUCCGACCCCAAAGCCAACUACAAAUCUUUGCCUGAUGAUAUUGUAGAUCAUGGGCAAGGUGCUUUCCUACGCAAGGGUACAGUGGGAGACUGGAAGAACUCUCUGACGGUGGCACAGAAUGAACACUUUGACCGAGUUUAUCAGGAACGGAUAAAAGACCUGCAACUGGACUUUGUGUGGGACUUCACUGAUCUGCACUCAUAAACACACACACACACACACACACACACACACACACACACACACACACACGUUGAUUGAUAGUAUUUCUAUAUUGAUUAUAUUUAAUUAUGGAAUUUGCCACAAAUAAAAAAAAAUCUAUUUUAAUGUAACGUGAUGGAUUUUUAUGAACUUUUUUAAUAAAUUAAUUAUGCAAUCAUCAUCAUCUUGUCUUCUUCUUGUCAUCUUGAGCUUCAUUAAAGUGAUGUGCCCCACCAGUUUA